AUGGAUGGAGAAACUAUGUGCCAGGAGACAUCUGAGUCUACAGAGACGACGAAUCACACUGACACCAACAACAACAACAACCAGACAGAUGAGCCAGGGCUACUGGAGAGUAAAAACCAGGGGAAAGACACUCCAGCAGGGGAGACAGUAGAAGGUCAGGGGGUAAUGGUGGAGGAAGGGGAGAAUGAGGAGAAGGGAGAGGCGCAGGGGGAGGAGGAUACCAUUGCACAACAGGGAGGAGAGAAAGCCAACGCCGGAGAUAUAGACAAGUCCCAGAUUGUAUCAAAGCCUGUUGGAGGUGAUGCUGAAGAGGACAGACAAGAUAACGAUAAGCCAUCUACAGACGUGAAGGAUCCUGAAUCGACAAACGAUGAAAAACAAGAGGAAGGAGAGGGGGAAGAGGAUAAGAAAGGAGGGCCGGUGGAGGAGACGGUGAAUGGGGAAGAGAAGAAAAAACAAGUCAAAGAAGUGGAAGCUAAAGAUAAAGGAGAGGGGGAAGAGGAUAAGAAAGGAGGGCCGGUGGAGGAGGUUAAAAACAGUGAGGCUGAGAAAGGUGGAGAGGAGAUGAAGGACAAAGGCAAAGAGAAAGAGAAGACUGAGGAAACAGCAAAGAAAGAAGAGAAAGAUGUGAAUGGAAAGACAGUGAAGGGGGCAGAGAAGAAAAAACAAGUCAAAGAAGUGGAAGCUAAAGAUAAAGGAAAGAUUAAGGAGGUAGAAAAGCAAGGGAAGACAAAAAGAAAGAGCGGACCCCCCUCGCUUAAUGCUCUGUCUCGACCCAGACCCUCCGCCCGCUCUAUUAGAGCAUCCGCUAAGAACGACAUUAUUGCCAAGUUCCAACAAGGUGCACCAGAGACAUCAGUACCACGUAACUUCAAAAUCCAGAAGUCAUCUACAGCUUUGGCCACAGGUGCUUCAAUCAAACAGAAGAUACUUCAGUGGUGUCGAAACAAGACUCGCAACUACGAGGGCAUCAACAUAGAAAACUUCUCAUCGUCCUGGUGUAACGGGCUGGCAUUCUGUGCUCUGAUCCAUCGUUUCUUUCCUGAUGCUUUUGACUACAGCUCCCUGAAUCCAAAAGAGAGGGAGAAAAACUUCACUCUGGCCUUCGAAACUGCAGAGUCCCUGGCUGACUGCUGCCCUCUGCUGGAAGUGUCUGACAUGCUCAUGAUGGGUAACAACCCAGACCCCAUGUGUGUCUUCACCUAUGUCCAGUCUCUCUGCCACAGCCUCUCCAAAAUAGAGAAAGAAAGGAAGGACAAAGAAAAGGAGGAGAAAGGAGAGGAGAAAGGAGGAGAUGCAGCUGCUGAGCUUUCGACGGAGAAGGACGAGGGAGAUCCUGCUGAGAAUGGGGAACUGGACAGCAGAGAUGAGAAGGAGGGAGAGGACGCUGAGACAGAGGGAACUGGCAAGGAGGAAGAUGCUGAGACAGAGGGAACUGGCAAGGAGGAAGAUGCACCAAAGAGCUGUGAGGUGGAGGAAGAUGGAGGAGUGUUAGUUGGAGCAGAAUCUUAGAAAAGUGUUGACAGCAAACAAAAAGACUGAAAAGACCAAAAUAUUAUCGAUGAGGUACGACAUUGAGUAAGUCUUAUUU